CGAGCGCCCACCCCGGAGAGAAUGAGAGGAGGGGAUGAAGAUUAGGGGUGGUCACGGCUGGCACGGGGAGAGUAGCUGCGGGGCUGGCACGGCCCGGGAGGGCCUGCGCCCCCGGCUGUGCGCUCUGGGCAGGCGGGCUUCGCUGCAGCCCCGCCCGGGCGCCGGCCGCGUCCAUCCGGAGGACUGCGGGGACCCCAGCAGGGCGUUUCCCGCGCGGCCGGGGCCGGCAGCGCAGGGAUGAAAGAGUGUCGCCUGGGUCGGCUGCGCAGCGAGGCCGACAGGAAGGCGCGAGCCGGGCGCGUGCGAGCCCAGGUUUGACUUGUGCUGAUUUUGGCCUGCGUUCCAGGAUGGUUUGUUCUUGGGACCAGACCUGACCAGAAGUUGACCUCAUGAGCACAUCAACCUCUCCAGCUGCCAUGCUCCUGCGGAGGCUGAGGCGACUCUCCUGGGGCAGUACUGCUGUGCAACUCUUCAUCUUAACAGUGGUGACGUUUGGCCUGCUGGCCCCCUUGGCGUGUCACCGGCUUCUGCACUCUUACUUCUAUCUGCGUCAUUGGCAUCUGAACCAAAUGAGCCAAGAGUUCCUGCAACAAAGCUUGAAAGAAGGUGAAGCUGCUCUCCACUACUUUGAGGAGCUGCCCUCUGCCAAUGGCUCAGUGCCCAUCGUCUGGCAGGCCACCCCCCGCCCCUGGCUGGUCAUCACUAUCAUCACUGUGGACAGGCAACCUGGCUUCCACUAUGUCUUGCAGGUGGUAUCCCAGUUCCACCGGCUUCUUCAACAGUGUGGCCCCCAGUGCGAGGGGCACCAACUCUUCCUGUGCAACGUGGAGCGCAGUGUGAGCCAUUUUGAUGCUAAGCUGCUGUCCAAGUAUGUCCCCGUGGCCAACCGAUAUGAGGGCACUGAGGAUGAUUACGGCGACGACCCUUCGACCAACUCAUUUGAGAAAGAGAAACAGGACUAUGUCUAUUGCCUUGAGUCCUCCCUGCAGACCUACAACCCAGACUACGUUCUGAUGGUAGAAGACGACGCCGUCCCGGAAGAGCAGAUCUUCCCAGUCUUAGAGCACCUUCUGCGGGCUCGCUUCUCUGAGCCGCAUCUCAGAGAUGCCCUUUAUCUAAAGCUCUAUCAUCCUGAGAGGCUCCAGCACUACAUCAACCCAGAGCCCAUGCGGAUCUUGGAGUGGGUCGGCGUGGGCAUGUUGCUGGGCCCCUUACUAACCUGGAUAUACAUGCGGUUUGCCAGCCGUCCAGGGUUUAGCUGGCCCGUCAUGCUCUUCUUCUCCUUGUAUAGCAUGGGUCUGGUGGAACUGGUGGGCCGGCACUAUUUCCUGGAACUGCGGCGACUGAGUCCUUCCCUAUACAACGUGGUCCCUGCUUCCCAGUGUUGCACCCCGGCCAUGCUCUUCCCUGCCCCUGCAGCCCGCCGGACCCUCACCUACCUGUCCCAGGUGUACUGCCAUAAGGGCUUUGGCAAGGACAUGGCCCUUUACUCACUGUUGAGGGCCAAGGGGGAGCGGGCCUACGUGGUGGAGCCCAACCUCGUGAAACACAUCGGGCUCUUCUCCAGCCUGCGGUACAACUUUCAUCCCAGUCUGCUCUAGCAUGCCAAGAAAUGCCUUUCUGAAAUUGGCCACUUCUUGGAGAUUCAAAUAUUGAGCUCUUUAUUUGCACAUGGUUGCUUGCAGAUAUUUCAUUGUUUAAUGUCACUAGGGAUAUAGACGCUGGGACAGCUAAGGAACGUACCAGUCGAGAACACUGGCCUUGGUAAUACUCUGGCAGGAGCAGCAGUUCACCAGGGGUGCGGACCUCUCUCCCUCCACACAGCCACGCUGCCUCAUGCAGUCUGACUCGCCCAAUGAGGGGGCGUUUAAAUACCAGUUAUAUUCUCCAGUUGUUUUCAGCUCUGCUUUGUGGUAGAGUUUGUGGCUGCCAAAAAUAUUGUGCACAGUGGUAUGACUUUUAGGAUUUUAAGGGUAGAAUUUGGUGAAAGGUGAGAUCCUUUUGAAUUGAUUGCUUCCUCAUUGGGCAUGAGAAUGGAUGUAUGUUUAGAAUAUAUGUUCAAAGAGGCAGGACCAUAUGGAUAGACUCCGUUUGUUUCCUGGUGUAAUAAAAGCCGUGAAGUGCCCAGCAUCUUUGAGGCAGGUGAUCUGGCUGCUGGUACCUGGCGUUUUCUUUUCCACUCAUCUGUGGUGCACUGAUAAUCAGUAUUGUUAGUGAGACCUUUAAGCAAGAUCUGGAAGCACCUUCUGGAUCAUCAAAGUCAGAUUGCGUAUGUUUUGUAAUGAUUUAAUAUUGAAGAUUUGUAUCACGUUGAUUCUUUGAAAAUUGGACAUUGUAGAAUGAUAUAGAAUGGGUGAGCUCUUUACUAGCAGAUCCUUGUCCCUAACUUUGCUGGCUAACCGUUUACCCUCAUUUCUUUUUCUUCUAGAUAGCAUGACGUCAUAGGAGAAAAAACAUGGACUGUGAAGUCGGAAGACCUGAAUUUUUAUUUCAGAUCUCUGCCAUGUCCUAGUGGUGUGAACUUGGGCAAGUCAUAAUCACUCUGAGUCUCAGUUUCUUCACUGUAAAGUGGGGAUGGUGAUACCUACCUUUUAACGUUGGCUUGGGGGUUAAAUGACAGAAUGUACAUAGAACGCCUAGCAAGUGCCUCACCCAUAGAGGACACUCGGCAAAUAUUUGAUCUUUUCUCUCCUGUAGUAAGUAUGUAAAACUCGAGUGUAUUUUGGAUAAAGACAUUAGUGAUAUUGUUUGAGGCAUGAGAUGGGGCAUAGGGCUGACACCUCUGAAGUAGCCAUUCCAGACCACAUGCUGCUGGAAUAAAGGCUGACUCUUCAUUUUGACCUCUGAAGGAUAUGCAGCUCCGCUUUCAUCCAAGCCAAAAAUAGAGAUUGUUCAUUCAAACUGGAAAUGAUCUGAGGCUCCUCUUGAGCUUAUUCUAAGACUAGCAUCUGAAAACUAACUUUUCUCAAAAGUUGCAAAUAAAUGUCCUUUGCUGAUACUUAACAAACCAGGGCCAAUAAGUCCCUUGAUGAGGAUGCAUGAUGACUUUAGAGUUCAAGCAGUUGUCCAGUCUGUUCCCACACCACAUCUUUGGUUGGCUUUUAAAUUUCCACGGUGAGCUUCUGUUUUGGGAUCUGCUCAAGAAUACCGAGGAAGGGGGCUGGCCUGGCGGCACAGCGGUUGAGUUUGCACACUCCAGUUCGGGUCCAGGCAUGGACCUGCACACUGCUCAUCAAGCCAUGCUGUGGCAGCCGUCCCACAUAUAAAACGGAGGAAGAUGGGCACAGAUGUUGGCUCAGGGCCAAUCUUAGCAAAAAGAGGAGGAUUGGCAGUGGAUGUUAGUUCAGGGCUAAUCUUCCUCAAUAAAAAAAAAAUAAUACCAAGGGAGGAUGCAGGGGUUCAUCCCCACGUUUUAUAGAUGAACAAACUGAGAUCCAGAGAUGUUAAAUGACUUAUUCUGGUUCAGGGGGAGAGCCAAGACUGGAACAUAGCUCUUCUGACUUCCAGCCCUUGCAUUUUUUUUCUUGACCAUGUUAAUUUUAUAGAUAUCUAUGUAGUCCUAUUUCCUUUUGUAAAAUCUGAUUGUCACCCAGAUUAAAUAAUGUCUCUGUAAGCUAAAAGGGUGGAACUCGUUGUCAUGUUGGUCGUGAGGAACAAGCAGAUAUCAGUGUGUGUUGUGUCGUUCCAGUGAGCUGUUAUGUAUCCUCUAGGAAUGUCCAAAGUGAUCAGAGCUGCUAGAUGACUGAUUAAGAUGUUCAGAUUCAACUCCUUCGUUCCUCCUCUCGCAGUAACUAGUCUGUGCCCAUGUUUGAGAACAGAGCUAAACCAGCCUAGAAGUCAUUCGAGUUUGAUUGGGUCUCCACAUGAAAAUUUUUUGCCCAAUGACAGGAGAGCCACAUCUAAGCUAGCCAGGCCCAAGAUAGGGAAUCAUUGCUGGUUUCUAUUUCUGCUCUUUCUAAUUCAGUUGUCUCCUGCGUGCAGACAUCCCCUCCUCUGGCUCCUUCGUUCUGGAUGGCUAAGGCCGUCCUGGCCUUAUCUGAUUUCUCUACCUACACUCUAAGGCAUCUUACCCCAUUGAUCUUAACUAGCCUGCUGUCCUUGGAUAUUUGCAUUUUCUGCAAAUGCAGGCUCACUUUUGCCCUUUUCUCCUUGCCUACCUCUGGAUCUUCCUCUCCUUUGUCCUUCACUCCUAGAGUCUAAUUUUUGUAUGUUGUCCUUGAUUAGGACAGCUGGCAGCUUUAUCCCAAAACUUAAGUCUCUCGUUUAAUCCUAAGCAAGGGGGCUGGAGGAGAACUAAAGUCCCAUUACUAUAUCAAGGGACAUAGGUUACCAACAGGGUGAAGGUUUCUAACAGUCCUGCUCACCUUUCAGAGUUUAAAUUAUAGUCAGGCCUAAGAAGCUCCCAUUUGUGACAGAGUGUUUUUGUAUAAACAUAUCAGUUAAAAUAAAAGCACCCAUUCCAGUGAGACGUCCUGGGAAGACUUUUGUCAUUCUCUCUUGUUUCUGUGGAUGGAUUUUGUGGAUGUGGCAAAUAGUGACACACACACACACACACACACACACAGAUAUCCCAUUGUGGAGUCCCAAGGUCACCAUUCAAAAGUAUGGGCCGUUUGCUUAAAUUCAUAACUGAUUUUGUUGUGUUUUUUAAAGGGAAAUAUUUAAAUUAUGCAUUCUUUUUUAUGGUUAUUUAAAGGAAAAAUGGUGAGAAUAUUACAGUGCAACUGGAGAACACCAAUGGGAUUAAUAUAAUGGUAGAAUUAAUCUAAUGUACCUUGGAUACACUCCUCAUUUGGGAGAAUUUAUUUAAUUGGUAACUCAGUUUGGGUGGCAAGGCAUUCUAUUGGAGUUGAUUACUGCGGCAUUUUAUAUAUACUACGAUGCAUUGUGAGUUACAGAACAUAUGAUAUAAAAUUGGGUAAUUUUAAGUCACAUGAACCAUUUGGAUAUUUUUAUCCUCACUGCAAUGAAUUUGCUGAGAAAUGCUCAUUAACUGGCAGUGUUUUUCUUAAGGUUGGAUUUUAUUUGGAACCCCUUUGUGUCAAAGAUGGCUGGAAAUUUAAUAGUCCAAAUGGCAAAAAAAGUGCUGAAUCUGUAGAAUUGCUGAGGAGGUCUGCCGUGGCUUGCAGCCACCGCAGGUCCUGGAGUGCAGCAUUGUUGUGAAUCAUCACUCUGCAAUAAAGGGGAAUGUUUG